AUGGUCGGAUCAAAGACAUUCGAGCAGUCGCCGCCUCUCACGGCCAGCGACUCGGCCGAACUCCACACAAAGCGCUCCAACACGCCCGCGCUCCUCGUCCGGCGAUCAUCCUUGAUGAGCAAGUUCCCCGAGUCGAGCUCCUCCGCCUACGUCCUUGACUGGGAGACGGACAAGUGCAAGCAGCGCCUCCUCAACCACGCCGAAGACCUCUUGAGGGAAGCCGUGGGCCGGAGGCGGCUCACCAUCGUCCAGGGCCUGCCGCUGGAUCUGGUCCAGGUGCUGCGGGAUUCCCUGGGCGUGAAUCCCGGGUUUCUUGAAGCGCAUGCGGGGAGGCGGCGGCAUCGGCCGUCUAGGAACGACGAGGGCUCGAGUUUUGUUUCGUUUGCGUAUCCGGAGCUGGUCAAGACUACGAGGGGGAACUAUGGGCCGGAUCCUGGGUAUAAACCGUCGGCGAGGCAAUCUGAUCUGGUGGAUGUGAUGGACGAGGCGCCCUUCCAUAUGAUGUCGAGAGAUGGGCAGGCGGUCAUGUUCUGCCAUGCUUCAUUGUGGAUGAGCAGCAAAGCCGAUGACCGUCCCAUCUGGAACGACCCAUCAUCACAGGUUCAAAAGGCGCGGAGACCACUCUCCGUCACCCGCUCAUGGCAAAGCAAGAUAGACGAGUCCCAAAUGGACGGUACCUCAGUCUGGAACGUCCUCAUAGCCGAAGGUGACGAGCUUCCUGGCCUCGAAGACAGCCUCCUCCGCACCUUUCGCCACUCCAACGUCACGAGGCAAACCCUCCCGGACAUCCUCUGCGAGGCCGUCCACGAUAAGUGGCUAGACUUCUUUGAGACUCUCCCUUCGUGCGCCCAGCCCGGAUCUCUGCAAGACGGUGGCCUCUACUGGCAGGCAACUGAGUCCCUCGAGCAAAACCUAGACCUCACGCAGGACCAAGCACGCCAGCCGCUCCUGGGCGGCGGCGGCGGCGGCAUGCGGCACCCGGACUGGCGGUCCCUCCUCGAGCGUCUCCAGCGCCGCGUCGCCAUCUCGAAGCUCGGUUCGACGCCGAGGCCGCAGACCGCGUGGCCCCGGACGCAACCCACAACUGCGGCUCUACAGACGCGGGACGUCAAUAUGCCCAUGCAGGGCACCAGCAACCAGCCGUACUCAGACGCCAUGGCGGCAGACAGCGGCAAAGAAGCAAACCAGCGCGCCCUAGACCGCGUAACGUACCUCGGAGGCAUCCUCCUCCCCUUCACAGUCGUCUCCGCCAUCCUCUCCAUGAACGAGGAGUACUCCCCCAACGCGCCGCGGUUCUGGGUCUUUUGGGUCUCCUCCAUCGGCGCCGCCAUCUUGUGCCUCCUCAUCAUCUACCUAGACCAGCUGCGCUGUCUCGAGGUCUAUUUCGAAGUAGCCGCCGCGGGGACGGUCGAGUCUUUCUUCCCUUCCAGCAAAACCCACACCGCCGCCGCCGCCACCACCAACGGGAUAUCUCUCAUGUCGAUGCCCCCGCAGUCGAGAUGGCGCCGGCAGCAGGCGACGGAGAUGUACAUGGACAUGGCGGAGCCCGGCGGCGGAGACGUCGAGGUCAUGGCCGACUCGGCGGUGAACCCUACCAUGGUCGUGCAGCAGGGCCGGGACGGGUCGAAUCCUAAGGCGUGGCGGAGGAGGCAGCUCGGCUGGGGUGGCGCGGUGAAGAAGGUUGUCGGGUAUUAUCGGUGGAUGGGCGGUAAGCCGGUGCAGAUUAGUCCGUACGGGUCGGAAAGGCUUCAGAUGAAGACGAUCUGA